AUGACUCCUGAUCACACAGAACCGCCAGAGAAGCGGCGUCGAGUCGAUCGAGUCACAGCGGCAUGUGACCUUUGUAAGAAGCGGAAAGUCAAAUGUGAUGGUGAACAGCCAUGCGCAUAUUGCCAACGCAAGGGCCGCGCAGACACAUGCACAUUUACAGCCCCAAAAGUACGUGGCGCACGGUCUGCUGGGGGUACACCGAAUGGCCCCACGCCUUCGCACACCGAAGGACACAGAACCGCAUAUUCGACGCCCCGUCGUAGAAGUCACGAGGGCGCCGCGCCGAUCGGGGUAUCGCUCUCACCCACCGUCAGCAGAGAUGAACACUCGGAAGAUACAGCUGUACCUUUGGAAGGCCGCAUUCUACGUGAUGCACAAGGCAAAGUGAUAUUUGUAGGCGAUUGCGCGCCACUGUCUUUCCUGCAGACUGUCAGACAUCUGAUCGCGUCCGCGGUCGAUGCGGAUGCUUUGCCUGCACAAUCUUCUCGCGAUUCGAUCAUUGAAGCCGCUCGUCCAGGACCAGCCGAUCAACAACAAUCUUUAUCGGUGUCUCUGCACGAAGUGCGGCCACUUGUACAGCAGUACACUGUAGCUGUCAGUGGCCUGGUAGAUCUUUUCGAGCACAAUGAGCUUGUGAUUGAGAUGAGCUCGUGGGCUACGGGCUCCAUUGCACAACCUAACGAAUCGGCCGCCGCAGUCUUUUACCUUGUGCUUGCCAUUGGUGGGCAAGAAAAUCAGUGCAUCAAAGCAGAGGCCUGGUUUACACAUGCCCGAGAUAUACUGCUGAAAAAUCUGGUCAACAGCAUGAAUGUCUCAACCGUUCAGGGGUUUGCGCUUGUGGCCAUCUACAUGCUUCGGGCGUUCCAGCCUAAUGGCGCCUACCUUUACUUUUCUUUGGCCGCUCGUACUGCUUACGCGAUUGGCCUACAUCGCACUGAAGUCAAUGCUUCUUUUGGAGACUCGAUCAAGGUUGUAAGGGACCGCAUAUGGAAAAGUGUUCGCGUUGUCGAUCAACUUAUCAGUAAUUUGCUGGGCCGACCGCCAUCAACUUCGGAUGUAGACUGUACGGUCAAGUAUAGUGUCACCGAAGUAAGCGAAGACAUGGAAGCACAGGCACUGGACGCAAGCGUACAGAUCUUCAUGAUCAUCGAACGCGUGGUUGUUGAGGUAUAUUCUCGCAAACGAAUCUCACUGCGUAUCGCCAACUAUGUCUCUCGCCAACUCAAGGCUUGGGCAUCAACAUGGCUUGAGGCCUUGCACGAAACUACCAGCCGGGCGAACUUAAGCAGUUCCUCACCAAAUGCAGUUGUUGGCGCUUGCUCUACGCUGUGCUCAUAUUAUUAUGGCAUCAUGCUGCUAACCAGACCUUUCCUGAUCUAUGAGCUGUACGAGUACAUGGGCGCUUCUCUGAAGGGUGGCGGAACACAAGUCGAGCAUGAAGAGAAGCGGAAGUAUGCUGACGCCGCACUCGACGCCGCUUCAUCUUUUGUAGAUACACUGCAAACAGUUAUUCAUGCUGGCAAAAUGCCUCGCAGGAUGCCACUUAUUGUAUCGUGGCUCUUCACUACCUCACUUGUGCUGGCAGUUGGUGUGCUUGGUCACUCAGGGCUCACCUUCAAAGACGACUGCCACACUUCAAUCCGAUGUCUAGACUACUUUGGCAAAGUCGACCCACACGCUCGACAGUACUCCCUUACUGUACAAUCUUUGCUUCAGACGACCACAGCUCACAUCAGGGAGAGAGAGCAGCAUUUGCGUUCGCAACAGAAACAGGCUUCUUCACAGUUAUUCGGAUUACUGCCUCCAGCUACGAACACACCUCGGUCGGAUGUUGUCUAUCGUCGCCGCCAUUCUACAGUGCAGUCUUCUGCCUCCUCUGUCCUUGAGCAGGACAACACUGUCACUGCCGCUCCUUCUGACUGGACUAUCUAUGAUGCGGACUUCUUCUCAAUGCCAUGGAUGAACGAGAACGAUCAGGGCUUGCAAGGGUUCUUGCAACCUGGGACGCAUACAUUUGAUGGGGGGUCCAUCGCCGACAUCCCACUUUUCCCAAUGUACGACCAGCAAAGUGGCGGAGGCUUCCUCUGA